AUGCCCGUAGUGAUGACGGAGGCAGACAAUCCUAGUGGGUCAAUUGACUUCCGAGACCUUCGAACGAUCACUUUCCUCGCCUCUAAAUACGACACCCCCCAUAUUUUAGAGGAAGCGCACCGCCGCCUCCGGAUUUGUUUUCCUUCAUCGUUGAAGGAUUGGGACUCACGUUAUUGCACGUCGUCUUCGUCCCUCGACUUUCCCUUCGAUACCAUUGCCCUGAAACCAAUUGACACCAUUGCCGUCAUCAACCUCGCACGCCGCUGCAGCUUCAAUGAUCUCCUGCCAGCCGCAAUCUACACUUGCUCGCAGCUACCUCUGUUGGAUCUUGCUGCAGAUGUGCACUACGGCACAGGGGACGUGGAACGGCUGUCACAAGGAGACCUGACGCAAUGCCUACAUUUCAUUGACACGUUCUCCCGUGACGUGGCAAGCUUAAUUGAAGAUAUACGCGAUGGGGUCGCACUUACCGCAGAGGGAGAGGCUUAUGAAUGUUACUGUGAUGGCUGCACAAUGGUCCGCGACUCGUACAUGGAAGACACUCACCACAUCCACAUGCCACGCGAUUUCCUCCUGCACGUCAAGAAGCUGUUGGAUUGUCUUUCACAAGACUACUCUACAUGUUCUCGUUACCAAGGCAUCGUACUGAAAAUUCGCCCAGAGACACGUGACGUUUUAUGGGCAGAACUACGAUCUCUUGCCGGGCUAACAAACGAUGCCCCGUAG